AUGGAAGACUUUGUGAGCGAGUCCGAUAGCGACUACACUAGCUACUGGAGGGACUGGUUCAUCUCGUCCCGCGGCAACGAGUACUUCUGCGAAAUCGACGAGGAUUACCUCACCGAUCGAUUCAACUUGACCGGCCUUAACACGGAGGUCCAGUACUAUCAAUAUGCCCUCGACCUGGUCACCGACGUCUUCGACCUCGACUGCGACGACGACAUGAGAGAAACCAUUGAGAAAUCCGCCCGUCACCUCUACGGCCUCGUCCAUGCACGCUACAUUGUCACAACACGAGGCCUCCAAAAGAUGCUCGAAAAGUACAAAAAGGCUGACUUUGGCAAAUGCCCUCGCGUCAUGUGCCAAUCCCACCCUCUCCUGCCAAUGGGCCUCUCCGACGUGCCGAACCUCAAGCCCGUCAAGCUCUACUGCACCCGCUGCGAAGACAUUUACAACCCAAAGUCGUCACGCCACGCCGCCAUCGACGGCGCCUACUUUGGCACGUCCUUCCACAACGUCCUCUUCCAGGUCUACCCCACGCUUGUGCCCGCCAAGAGUAUCGAGCGUUACGUGCCCCGCGUGUACGGCUUCAAGGUGCACGCCUCCGCGGCCCUCAUACGUUGGCAGAACCAGAAGAAGGACGACAUGCGCCGCCGCCUGCGCAAGAUGGACGUCGAGGUCGGAUUCAGGGACGACAACAUGGAUGAUCUCGAGGAGGUGAGCGGAGAUGCACGGGUGACUGUUGUUCAGGAUGCCACCGGACAAAACGCAAUGGCGUGA